UGGACGCAGUACCAUGCAAAUAUUGUAGUUUACUAUGCUGAUCUAUUGUAACUUAUAACGCUAUGGCGACCGGUGAUAAUUCCCACCUGGCCAUGGAGGAAUGCUCCACUGUGGAGUUCGGCCGGCUCAUGAUGGAGAACAUGUAUGAAUCCUACAUGACUGGUCAUUUGUGUGACUUCUCGGUGAAAGUCGAGGGGAACACAUACAGAGUACAUAAGAUAGUGCUGGCCAGUUGCAGCGACUAUUUUAAGGCUGUGUUCUCUCAUGAUAUGCUAGAGAGUCGACAGGAAUAUGUGGAACUAAAAGGCCUGACAGAGAAAGGAGUCCAUCCACUCAUUAAAUAUGCAUACACUGGUUCUGUAAUUCUCACGUUAGAUAACAUACAGGAUGUCAUAUGUGCUGCAACAUUUCUACAGAUGACAGCUGCUGUUGAUCUUUGUAUAGAAUACCUGAAAAAGAAGAUGACGUUUGACAAUGCUGAGGAGUUAUUGGGUAUAGGCGAAAUACUUUCUAUACCUACUUUGAAAGUUCAUUACAGGGAAUACAUCUUAGAAAAUUUUCUUCAAUUUUCAGAGACAGAAUCUUUUUUGAAAUUGGAUCCAGAUACAUUGAUUGACUAUCUGAUAGAUGACCACCUGCGGACCACAACAGAGCUGCAGCUGUUGAAAGCUGCACUCAGGUGGUAUGAACAUGACCCUAAAGCUCGGGAAUGUAAAGCCUUUGAUGUUUUAGACAAAAUUCGAUAUGUAGUGGAUGGUUGGCCAGCAAUAGAAUAUGCCAUGAAAAAUGAGCCCUUCAGGUCAAAUAAAAAAUGUAGAGAUAUUGUGAAAUUCUGUACUGAAUAUAUGGUAAAUGCUACGAAAAGGUAUACCUACUAUGAUCACAGGACACGUGUGAGAUUUGAAACAAAAACAUUGGUGCAAUUUGGAGGGGUGACUAUGUUUGAUUUGUACGAGGAUACUGAAAUGCCCCCAGAUGAUUUUGGUGAUCGGUGUGGCUGGGAGAGGAACCAUUUCUACCAUACCGACCUGAAACACUGGUUCCCUCUGGGAUGUGUUCGUGUUAUGGAAGCCAUGUCCCAUCUGACCGUCACAGAGGUAAAUGACUGCAGCAUCUUAUGUGGGGGGUAUGUGUAUGAUAUGGAUGAGGAUUUGGCAUCCCGCAGUGCCACCCGACAAGUACGUAUGUUCACCCCUAGCCACCUCAGUAUUUGGGACAUGGAAAGUAUGAAGCAUGAAAGAGCUCAGCAUGCAGCUGUCUAUCUCCCAGGGAACAUCUAUGUGAUAGGAGGCAAAGACAAUAAACAGCCACUGGCCUCGGUGGAAAAGCAUGAAUGUGAGGAAGGGAUGUGGUACUAUGUAAAGCCCCUCCCCAAACCACUGUAUGACCAUGCAGCAGCUGUAGCAGAAGGAAAGAUCUAUGUGACAGGAGGCGUGGAAGUUACACCCACCAACAAGAUGUGGUGUUUUGAUCCUUUGCUUAACAAGUGGCAUAAGAAAGCUUCUUUACUACAAGCACGAGCAGGACAUGGGAUGGUAAGCCUAGGUGGAGUCCUGUACGUAUGUGGUGGAUACAGGGAGAUGGGCUUUGAGGGUCCCAACACUGAGUCAUGUUUGGAUUCUGUGGAAUCCUACACACUUCAAACAAGACAAUGGACCAGUCUCGCUCCGAUGCCUAUUAGUGCAUAUGAUGUUGGCAUUGUUGUGUUAAAUGAGAAGAUCCUGGUGGCAGGAGGGGAGACUUUAGGAGGUGAUUUGAUAUCUAAUAUUCAACAAUACGAUCCCCAGCAGAACCGUUGGACCCAGUACGGUAGACUGGAGAGGCAACUGAAAGGUCUAGGACUCUGUGCUGUAACAGUCAAGUUUGCCAAGAAGGGACCAGGUGAUGACUAUGUAAAAGCAUUUACUGAGACGGAAGCUGCGUCUAACGUGUGUAUGGUGGAUGCUGGACAUAUAGAGGACUCAGAUGAUACUGAUGACUCUGAAUUUUUCCUCCUUUGAUGAUUGAACACUAACAUACCUCUAGAACCCAAGAGUCUCUGAAUGCCAGUCGAAUAAUAAACAUGCACUGUGAUGGCUAGGAAUUUACACAGACUGGGAGCUUGGACACAGGACUUUGGAAUGAGGACAAAGAGUAUUAAAUUUGAUCUGAAAAGAAUUGAUGUUAUUAAAAAUCUAUUUGUGAAAAAGUAUGAUAUAGAUGUUUAAAUUUACUACAGAAAGAUCAAAAUAAUCAGUGUCAUAGUAAAACAAAUUGUUAUUGUGUCUAAAAAAAAAUAUUGCUGACACGUUUAUAAUAGGUAUUUAAGAGAUUUAUUCAAAGUUUAUUUGAACCAGAAAUUUGAGCAUCAUGUUGACAAUUAUGAAAUGGCAUAAUUGCCAUCAAAUGAUGUGCUACAUUUAGUGGUCAUAACUACAAUGGUAAUUUUAUUCUUAUGGUCUCAUUGCACAAUAUUUAUGGGUCAAAAUAAUCAGUUUUAAAAGGAAAAAAAACUAUAAACUUGGUAUCGAAAUUAUUAAAAUAAUUAGAGAUCAAUCAAGAAAUUACCUGUCUACAAUAUUUUUGUUAUCAAUGUAAAGAUAUUGUUUUUGUCAUCAAGGGGAAGUAAUUAGAAUAUGUUGAAGAAAUUCUUACAAAAGAUCUGAUUGUGCUACUGUCUUAUCAUCAAAGAUCUAUUUACAUACCUAACAGAAACUGCAUUAUAGGCAUUUUAGGCAAUGUUUCCCAAAGUUUAAACUGAUUACCUCCCCAUGUUUGAAACAGGUUUGUAUAUUCAUUGAAAUACUAUUGUUGUAAAUCGAAUUGAUAUAUCAUUGAAGCCAUUUGUGAUAAUUUCAAGGUAUUUUAUACAAACAGCAUUUAAAACAUUUGUUUGAUUUUUUCCUAUUGAGUUCAACAAGAGUAGCCAUGUUGAGAGUUGAAGUAGGAUUAUGUAAAUGUUGUAAAGCUACAGUGAUUCUUUAACAGGAUAAUGUUGAUAUGUGAUACUUUUGUCAAGUUGCUAUACAGAGUUCAUUUAACCAGGAUUAUGUUGAUGUUGCCAGUGUCUAAUCUGUGAGUAUGUAUGUUUCACACUCACCGUUUAAACUAGCCAGGUACUUAAGAUCUAAUUCACAAAUGAAAAAUACUGUAGGGAUAUCUCCAUAUAUGUAUUUACUCAAUUACUCCAUCAUUGCUGCAUUAACUCAAACAUAUUGAUGUCACACCUUUAAUUAUGACUGACUUAUGAUUCUGUAGGAAUCUGGGGAUAAAAAUAUCAGCCUAGUUACUCCUUGCCACCAGACCUAACCCUGCUGCCAGUACUCUGCUGAUUAACUCAAAGUUAAUUACCAAAUUAGAAUAAAAACUUAAUAAAAGAGAAAAUGUAUGUUACUUCAUUGUUAUCAUUUGAUGAAAGAUCCAAAUUCAUUGUCAGCAUUUUUUGGUUUACUAAGUUUGAAGGGGACGAAAAAAGGUCAAAAUGUUUUACACAACAUGCAUCUAAACUGUUAAAUUUCUUGGAGAAUGUUUGUAGAACUUUUUAUGGUGAUGUAAUACCGGACAUUUCAUAUCAACACAGAAGAAAAUCUAAUUUCAGUCUUUUUGAAUCUCAGAAAAAUAGAUAAUUCCAUAUAUAGUUUCAACUAAAAAUAAAUAGAUACAAUUCAAUCUUUGUUAAGAUUUCCAUUUUCAUCUCUGAUGAAAAGGAAGUGGUGUUGAUGUCCUAAAUAGGCCUCAAUCUUCAUUUCAUUCUCACUUGUAACUUCAACAUGUAAGGUUAUUUGCUGCUACGUGUUAGCAACCAGCUACAUGUGGUUGGAGAAUGAACUGCUUAUAAACCUGGCUUUAGGUGCUUCUCCUUUUAUUUCUGUUUCAUUUCUUCAUAUCAUAUUGUAUCCAAUGUGUUCAGUUUAUACAUGUAAUAUCAUUUAUAUUUGCUAAUUGAUGUUGACACCCGCAAGCCUUUCUCGUAUUACACAAAAUAUGAUUACGUACAUAUUAUCGACUGAUAUUACCAAUGGUAAAUUUAUUGUCCUGUUCACACAAAUUGUCUGUAUUUCAUGUAGCAGGCCAUCUAUUGGUAUUGAUGUCAAAAAUCUUAUCAAAGUAUAUCUAUUUCACCCUGGUUGUCCCAGACAGAGGUGGGGAGUUGGUCUUGAUGUUGAAGGAGACCAGAAUACCCUGACAUAACCCACAUGGUCAGGCAGGUAACCUGGAUACUUUUUCAAGAAAAUGUCCAAUUGAGGGAAAGGAAUCCUCGCUUUCUUUGUGAGAGGCAAGGGAGCUAACCGCUGAAUGACUUGGUCAGCUGCUCUGUCUCUCAGUAUAUCAGUAGUUUUGUGUUUCUGAAAGUAUGUAAGAUAUCGGUCGCUAUGGAUGAUAAUUGGAUGUAUGAAUAUUGUUACUGUGUGAAAACAUUUGGUGUUAUCUGUAAUUACUAGGUUUUGAAUGUAUCUUGUUUAUUUAGUUUUAAAACAGAAAUUUUUAAGAUUUUGUUUAUACCAAUUUUUCAUUGUACAGUUGCGAUAUACUCUAG